AUGUAUGGUUUUAAUGGUAACAUCAACUUCUACAACGCAAACACCAACACCUCCAAUGCCAAUAGAACUACAAGUUCUACUAGUAUUUGGGAUGAUCUACGAAGGAUGAAAUAUGAUAUGGAUGAAGUGGAAACCCAGAACGAAGAUGAAAUUGAGCCAUCUGUUUCUGCUUUCAAUGCCCUUAAGAAGAAGUGGAAGGGCCUGAAGGGAAAAUUCCAGAAGCAAUUUGACAGAUUUCUGUCAACUGGAAAGAAUGGAGUGGCACCAAACACCAACUUCAUGGAUUACAAGGAUAUGUGGGAUAUCCUGAAGGGUGGCCCCCAGGUAAUGUCUACAGCAACAUUCUCUUCUGAAAGCCAGAUAUUGACUCUUGUUCCAGAAACCCAGCAGCAACCUACUGAGGUACCAACCGAGGUACUGACGGAGGAUAUACCUUCUGGAGAAGAAAGCUGA